GGCCGUAGCUGCUAUGCCUACUAUACGGUACCCGCUAUACGUUACAGCGCAAGCCUAUAACCUUCUUUAUAAUAGUACAGAGUCCUGUUGUGUUAUUGCAGUAGCUCCUCCUCCUCUACCGGCGGCGACGACGGUAUUAAUAGCUGUUUCUGCUUCUGCUACUGCUUCUUCUUCUUCUUCUUCUUCUUCUUCUUCUUCUUCUUCGUAGGACGAGGUGUACGCGGCUAGGAGCGUUCGAAAGGCGUAGGCAUACUGCGCUUACGCCUACUAGCACGCUGAGACAUUGCUAACACUUUAGAAAUUGCUAUAACACGACUUCUCACACAAACAAUGGCUUCAACUUCCGAAUUAG